UCAGACAAUAACUCCCACCUCGCCAUCGCCAAAGUCAUCUCUCUGUCCCCUCCUGUAGUAGUCGGCCUAGCCAAGUGGGUCUUUGUCCUUGAGAACUCUACACUCCCGGGUUUAUUCCCCUCCGACAUGGACCUCCCUCGGGAAGUAAUGGACCACAUGACCGACCCCGACCUUGGUAUGGCGUUCUUUAGUGACCAGCAUGCCCGGCAUCAGAAGUACAUGGGCAGCAAAGCCCACUGGUAUCUGGCUCUCAUUGCUACCCGCCCUGAGUACAAAGGCUCUGGCGUUGGUCGGUUGUUGAUGGAGUGGGGGGUUAUGAUGGUUGAUGAGGGUAGCCAUGAGGCGUAUCUUGAGGCCUCGCCUGCGGGGAAACCGUUGUUUGAGAAGUACGGCUUCCAUGUGGAAAAGGUAGCGGAAUACUUGGAAGGGAGGUAUGUCGAAUGCUCCAUGAUCCGGGAUGCCAUGAAGACUGAGUAA